AUGCCCAUUCAUGCCGAGCCGGGUUGGUCUAGGGAGUACACAUUGGUAAAUGGAAAAACCCAACAAUUCACAACAACAAUCGCUACCUCGGAGGUCAUAGGCGGGACACCAAUAGAGCUUACCAACGUGCUAAACGCAGGUGCAACAGUACCAACUAUAACAUCAUCAAAUGCCGGUGGUGAUGAACAAAGCUCCUUGUCAACGAAUACAUAUAUUACACUUCCAAGUGAUUCUUCACUGGCCGUGACAGAAAUUGCAACAACCAGUACCGAAGAUGCAUCGACUGGCAGCACACCAAGUAAUGAGCUAACGGGUACAUCCGAAGUUUCUGAAACAGGAACUCGGGGUCUACCCUCAAAAGGACUUUCAGAUGGUGCUGUUGCCGGGGUUGCUAUAGCUUGCAUCAUUGCAGGUGUUGCUAUAGGCCUUGUCGCAGCUUUCAUCCUCUUUCGACGCCGACUGAAGAGCACAAACUCCUCCCCAGGAUUCAUUACAUUGGAGUCACGACACGUUGAACCAAAAAACGAACCGCAGGUCAACGUGGUAGCGUCAACACACGAUGCUGAACUGGAACAAUUCCUGCUCGAAGCAACCCCUGACAAAGAAAUCCAAGCAGAAUUACGCUCUUUGUCGGAGCUCAUCUACCAGCAUGUCGAGACAUACUACCAUGGACCUCAAGUUCUGGCAAGUUCAGCUGAAGUGGCUCAAUGCAUUGUCCAUAUUGGCUACUCAGCGGAGCUAUCAGGACUACAAGCAGAGGCGGUUGCCGCUGUGUGCCUCGCCCCCAGGACCUCUCGAGUUGGGAUGAGACAUGUCCUCUCGCACACCAUCUUUCGCAGGCUCGACUUCAACUCUGGGGGAGACUUGUCCAUGCUUCCACCGGUAAUAGCGGCAAUGGCACAAGAGGAGAGCACACCUGAACAUGCAGAUAGCCCAGCGAUUUCUCUUGCACGUUCAAAGUGGCGAAGCUUAUCUGCUCUGCUCCUUCAUCCUAACCCUGCAGAGAGAACACCACUUCCGCUUUCGACGGAUGAGGCUCCAGCCAAGGCGCAAUCACUGGCAAAUGAGCUGAACACCUUCUUGCAACUCUUUGUUGCACAAGACUCUGCCCGCCGACAGGACCAGACAAACCAUCUGCAGGACGUGAUCCUAGAGUGCACUAGAUUGGGAUAUGUGCUUCUGUCGCAACCAGGCGACUGGGGGUUUGUUUUUGAAGCCAAGACCACCCCCAAGGAAAGAACUCGUAGGAUUGUGGUUUGCCCGGGACUGGAGAGGCUCAGCCAUAACAACGGAACUAGGUAUGGAUCGCCCAAAGAGGUUGCUGCUGCGGAGACAAUGUCCCUUUAA